GUAAGCCAAAAAAGCGUUCGCAGCCAAUCUUGCGUUCAUCUUUCAUUUCACGGAAACACUUAUCAUUACACGUAUCAAUUAAAACCAAAAAAAGAAAAUGGAGGAGGCAAAGAAUAUGGCUUUGCUCUUUUUUAUGGACCAUCUGAUGCAGAAAAAUGGGAGAAGAACAAUUCAUGAUUUGAGUUGUCAAUUUGGAGCACGCGGGUUUAGUGAAGAAAUGAGAAAUGCUGUUGGAACAACUCAAGAGGGAUUAACCGAGUUUUUGCAGGGUCAUCCAUCUCUGUUCACUGUCGAAGGAGAUCAAGUAAUUCUAAAUGGGCAUAAUGAUCUAAAUGCAAAAAAUAAUCCACUUCUCCAAUCGGGUAUUCGUAGUCGAAAUUACGAAAAAGAAGCCGUCGACUUUUUCGUCACAAAACUUACGAAAUUCGGUCCAGAAUUGCAAAUAAAAUCUCUAUUGGGACAUCGUUCUCAAGCUGCUCCAGAAGUUCGUCUUGUAUCAGGACGUCAUUUAAAGGAGUUUUGCGAGUUUUUGCAAUCUCAAGUUGACUAUUUUGUUGUUGAAGGUGAUAGAGUUCGAUUGAAGAAUAUGCCUGAACCAGAUGAAAAUGCAAUUGAAAUGGAUGAUGAAGGAAGACCUUUGGCUGGAGUUAAAGCUAAACAAGCAGCUGUAGAAUAUUUGAAAUCAGUUUUGGAACAAAAUGAAGAUCAACCUAUUCCAUUGGAUCAAUUCUAUCAAAACUUUUGUCAACGAUUCUCUCACACUAUUCGCCAGGAUGUUGCUACAAAUCCAAAAGAACUUCUUCAGUUUUUAAAAUUGAAUCGAGGACUUUUCUUCAUUAGAUCCAAUAAAGUAUCUCUCGUGAAGAAUCGUCUAAAUGAAGAUGGAUCUGAAAAUGGAUCAGAUGAAGGUGAAGAGACAAAUAAUAAUGGAAUGUUUCCACUUGAUCAAAGUGCAUUGACAAGAAUUCAUUUUGUGAAAGCACUUAAACCGGCACAAGAUUUAAUUUCAAGACUGUGGCAGGAUAUUAAUAACAUGGAAAAGAAGGUUGUUGGAUUGGAUUUGAAAACUGUUACGGUCGGAGUUGAUGGAGAAAUCUUUUUGUCUUUGGGAGUGAUCGCCACAACAUCUCAAAUCGGAAUUUUCGAUCUCGCCUCCAGUGACGUCAUCAUUUUGGAAUCUGGAUUCAAAGGGAUUUUGGAGAGUGAGAAAGUGGUGAAAGUUAUUCACGACGCAAGAAGAGUUGCAUCUCUAUUGGCUCAUAAGUAUGCAGUUCACAUGAGAAAUGUUUUCGAUACUCAGGUUGCUCACUCACUUCUUCAACACGAGAAAUUCAACAAAUCUCUGAAUGAAAUGCGUCCAAUAUCAUUCAUCAACCUUCAACGUGUCUAUUAUCCACAGUCAAUUAUGCUCAGCGACGUGACUCCACGGAAAAUGAGCAUGUGCCCGAACUGGGGUGUCCGACCAAUCACAGAAGAAUUCCAGUUGACAAUUGUGGAAGAAGCUCAUUGCCUUCUUUCAGCUCUCUAUCAAUCUCUCUCAAAUCUGAUUCCGGUGCAUUUACGUGGUGUAUUUGAAGAUAAAUGCAUCGAGGUAAACCAUCCAGAGGUUCUCCUAGCAUCACCCAAUCGUCCACCACCUCAACCAUUCAUUUCUUCCCCAUAUCGUGCUUCAACUCGUCGUGAUGUUCGAAAUGGUGGAUCAAUAAUGCAAUCAUUCUCACCAGCUCCAUAUGCAGCUGCUCCGCGUCCACAAAUGUCGGAUGCAUGCACCCAAACGUUCUCAACGGGCGAUAUCGAAGUGCUCAACGUAUUCUACGAGUAGUUAAUUCUCAUUUGAUAAUCAUUCAUUAUUUUCUCUCUUUUCACCAAGAAAUGCCUUCUCUGACAAUACAUCAUCAUCACUUUUUCCUCGUUUUCAUUUGUUAAAAAUUAUUUAAUGUGCAAUAGAAACACUUUGCACGCUCUUCUUUUUGAAAUUCAAAAAAAAAAACUUCUUUUCUCCAAAAUUCACAGCUUUCAGUUUUCAUCGGUGUAUACAGUUAAAUUUUAUUUGGAUUUUUUUUAUUGUUUUUAAUGAAAAUUUAUUACAUUUU